GCAGAACUAAUGGCAUCCCUUAUUCGUUGCUUUUUUGUGAGCAUAAUAUCUACUGCAGUUGUUCUGGCCUAAAUUUCAGUCCAAAAUGAUUGGAAAUUCAAGUCCAAGAUGAAAUUGAUAGCAGUGGGGUAUAAUGCAUCUUUUGCAUUAGCACUUAGGACAGUAAUUCAUUUCUGGGCAUUCAAAAAGAAAUGGGCAGUUUUUGUUGCCAUGUUUAAGCCACUUGGAAAUGUUAUUGCACUUGUCUUGGGGAUUAUUUUUCUUGGGGAAACCAUCUACCUUGGAAGGGUGGUUGGAGGGAUUAUUGUGAGCGUGGGAUUUUAUGCUGUGAUUUGGGGAAAAGCCUAAGAAGAGAAAGUGGUUGAAUAUGGUCAACCAGCAUAAACUGAAAACUCAUGCACUCAUGCAGCUCCACUUCUGCAAAAUCAUUGUUUUUAUAAUUACUUCCCCCCCCCCCCCUGCUCUGGCGCCCUUUUUUGGUUGCAAAAUAAGCUAUCCUAAAACAAUAUAAAUUUUUUAAAAUAUUAUAACAUUGAUCAAACUCCAAAUUUAUUGUU